AUGUGUUGGGUGGUGAACAUGAUCGUCACCAGCAUCUACUACAUCCUGUCGUUUGUAACAACAACAAACCUGGUGAAGAGCUACAAGCUCCUGGACAUCAGUGUCAGCAACCAGAUAUGGCAUGCGCCCGUGGCGGCGGCGGUACUGGGUGGUCUGCUGGUGCUGCUGUUCAACCUGCUCAGCUGCGCGGUGCUCAUCCGCAAGUCGAUCGAAAAGCGCGGUCCUGGCUUUGGCUACGGAUUUGUGGUGGCAAUGUGCUUCACUCUGGCGUUCUUUGUGCUGCUGUGCGGCCUCGUCCUGGAUGGCUUCAAGGAGGUCGUGACCCAGGACCUGCAGGUCAAAUUGGCCUCGAGCUGGAGCAAGUACGACACUGGCGCGUACAACGGCACCAUCGCGUUUGCAUACAUCUGCUUCAUCAUGUUCAUGCUCUUCUGCUUCGCGCUGCUGGUCUUCCAGACGGCCGUGUCCGAGGAGCUCGGCAUUGCCGCCGUGCGGCCCAACGCGCCGGUCAACCCAUACGCUCAGAUGGCCGAGCUGCCUUACCCCCCGGCCUACGGCGCCCCCGACGCGAUGGCCCCGCCGGGCAUGAAGGUCCCGCUGGCGGGCGUGCCCCAGGGCCCCAUGGUGCCGCAGCAGAUGCAGAUGGGCAUGAUGAUGGGCGCGGCGCCGCAGCAGGGCGGCCUUGCCGGGCUUGGCGCGGACAACGUGGUGUGA